CUGAUGUGAGUGAAGGAACACGCUCUUUCUCAGUGAUGCUGUCGCCUGGACAACAACAUACAGUAGAGAAAUAAAAGAUCGAUGGAUGCUGUGAAAAAGAGAAACAAAAAGCAAAGCAACCAGAAUAUCAUGCAGCGGCUGAAAGAUAAGGAUUCAUAUUAUCUUAUACAGUAUUAAGAUUUUGUUGAGAAGUUUGUGGUGUUGACAUUAAGAAACAAAGAGAAGGCUUUCACCGCAGCUUUGACUGAGGAAGCUAUAUAUCUUUUAGAGCGGAGAACUCUUUUUGACUCAGUCGCUGCCAUGGACUCGGAAGACGAACCAUUGUUGCUCCAAGGUACUUGGAAUGUAAGCGAGUUUGAGGAAGAAGAGGAAGAUGAUGGAGAGAUGGGAGAGACCAGUGGAGAAGAGCAGGUCUGUAGAGGGGUGUGGUGGGCUUUAGGCUGGGUGUACACACAGCCCUGGGCAAGCGGGCUAGUUCUGGCGGUGGGAUUUCUGGUGCCCUUUGCCCUCUCGACUUAUAUGUUCCUUAAGUGUGAACCUUUAGAUAUAGACCUUUCCUACAGCGCCUUUGAGGUUAGGAGUCAUUCCUCGGCAGAACGUUUUGAUGCUCUGACCGUUGCACUGAAAAAUCAGUUGGGGUCUUGGGACAGGCACAGGCGGGACGCUGACGGAUUUGAUCUUGAAGCCAAUGCUCUGAGAGACCUUUUGUUACUCAUGGUAAACAGACAGGAAGGUAAAGAUGUAUCUAAAAUGGCAAAUGUUACAAGCCCUUCAGGAAUCUUGGAUACAGAACCGACUGAUACAGGGUUACGCAACGAAAAUGAUAAUGAGAAAAAUAACAAGAAGAAAAUACAAGAGACAAACUCCACAAGCCCUAAAAUAGCGGCAAGCGUCAACUCCGGUGCCGAAGAUCACAGGAAACCCCACUCACCCUUGAUCAGGAAGCGAAGAUUUGCGAGCUACUCCUACCUCCAGACUCAGGCCCUGUGGAGGAUAGAGCUAGUUUUUGUAGCUCAGGGUGACGAUGAUAACAACAUCUUUACCCCAGAACGGCUUUACACCAUCCAUCAUGUGGAGAGACUUCUAAUGCAGCAUAUGCAGUUUCAGCAGUUCUGCUGGAAGCCACUGGAGGCGUUACGAGACUUACCCCUGGGACCCUCCUUUUGCUCACCUCCAAGCUCCCUCCUGUCCUAUCUCUUCCCCAGUGAGCGCGCAGGAAAGAUCUACUAUGAUGGCAUGGGACCUGAUCUAGCAGAUGUUCAUGGUGCUCUGAGCUUGGCAAUUACCCAUCCUCAGUUUUACUGGUAUGUGGAUGAAAAGCUCACACCAGACAGGCUUCAGUCCUCUCUCCUCCGCAGUGAGAUCCAUUUCGGGGCUCCUCUUCCCUCAUUCUACUCUCUCCAAGACAGACCUUUAGAACAAAGACGUCAAUUCAGAGACUUUGUGGUGCGAUAUGCUGAAAUCCUGUCACAGCAAUCCACCAGUAAAGUGAAGGUGUUGUAUGGGGGCACCGAGCUAUUUGAUGAUGAGGUGCGGAAGACCUUCCAUAGUGAUAUGCUGCUGGCUUUGUUCAGCGGCGGCUGCAUUGCUGUUCUCGUGUAUGUUUUAACUUCCUUUUCCGUAUUUUUGACAUUCUUCGGCUUGGCUAGCAUCGGCCUGAGCUGUCUUGUUGCACUCUUCUUAUACCAUGUGGUGUUCGGAGUGAAAUAUCUCGGCAUUCUCAAUGGAGUGGCAGCUUUCGUCAUAAUCGGGAUUGGUGUGGAUGAUGUGUUUGUGUUCAUAAGUACCUUCAGACAGGCAGCCCACCUGACUUGUUCAAUACAGCGUAUGAUUUACACAGUAAAGACAGCAGGCAGAGCCACGUUCCUCACGUCCUUCACAACAGCAGCAGCAUAUGCUGCCAACACCUUCUCACAGAUUCCAGCCGUUCAUGACUUCGGUCUGUUCAUGUCCCUCAUUGUGAGCUGCUGCUGGCUAUGGGUGUCCAUUCUAAUGCCUGCAGCUCUUUGCAUCUGGACGCAAUGUGGAAGUGUCCGCUGCAAGGCCUGUCCUAAAUGGUGGAAUACUGUAACUAAACUCUCAGCCAGUCCAAGCCCUCUCUCAGAUGAUGAUGAUGUAGCUCUGUUAACUGUAGAAAUGGACCCAGGUGUGUAUGACUCAGAUUCAGAUGUCGCCCUGCUGUCUCUCUCUGUAGAAGUCCCCUUGACUGUGUCCACCGACGGGAGUGUUGGGAUCAUCAGUGCCCACCUUCAGAGGAUACUAAGACACUGGGUGGCUGAGCCUGUAGUGAAGAAACGGAAAACAAUAAUAGGUGUGUAUGUGUUGAUUCUGUUGGGUUCCGUCUGGUGCUGUUGUCUCCUGCGGCCCGCCAGUCUCGCCCCUGUGCUGUUCCACCGAGACACAAACCUGCAGCGACUCCUGGAUCUCCGCAGCAACCUGAGCGCCCAAGGGAUCUCCUGCCAUAUGUGCUCGGGUGUUUUUAUGGAGCGACCUCAUAAUCUGCACAGCGCUGCUGUCUCCACAAGCUCUACCUCAGGAAAACAUGCCACAAUUCCCUCAAACCAGACCAAACCAGUAUCCGCCGACACAGCACAGACACUCACAGGUGGUCUUCUCACUGUUUAUGUCUUUAAACUGGAUUUGGGUUCUCCUGUCCCUGUAUAUCGCUAUUCACUGACUGCCAAUGUAUCUGCACCUUGGCAAGCAUCAUCAAGCGGGCAUGGGGAUGUGCCAUUCUUUCAGGCCUACAGAAGUCCCCAUAGCAACUUCAGCACGCGGAUGACUGUGUGUGUUUCUCACGCGUAUCACCCCCGCCCGAGAUGGAUGCUUACUCUGCGGUCAUGUGACGGCACCCGGCGCUGGAUGUCGGAGUUUGAGUUUUAUGUGGCUUUGGAUGAACAGCAGAACAGCAGGAAGCUCUAUUUUGCCCAACAUACGAUCAGUCCAUACCCCAGUCGUGUGUGUGCGGAGCCACCGGGCUGUGUGUUCAGCUCAGGGCCCGAUGGACCCACUCAGGGCCGUUUCUAUGCACCACUGCCUCCAGUCACUACUCAGGUAAAGGUCUCCAGGACAUCGGGAUUUAACCCUUGCAGUGGAGGUGGUUGUGGGAAACCAGCAGUGCGCCCUCUAGUGGACACUGGAGCCAUGGUGUUUGUGGUUUUCGGGAUACUGGGGGUCAACCGCACUCAACACUCGGACAACCAUGUUAUUGGAGAUCUGGGCAACGUGAUCUAUGAUCCAGACUUUGAUCUCUUUAAUGAGAUCGGGCACUUGUGCCAGCUGUGCAAAGCCAUCAGUACCAAUACCAAGCUGGUGAAACCUGGUGGAGCUCAGUGUUUACCAUCAGGCAACAGCCUCACGUCCAUUCUUCCCCUGCUCCACCCUGACUGUCACUCUCUUCCUGAACCCAACCUCUUGCCGGGUCAGUUAUCUCAUGGUGCAGUGGGCAUGCAGGGCGGUAGAGUGCACUGGAUAUCUAUGGCAUUUGAAUCAACCACCUUCAAAGGAAAGUCUUCGUUUCAGACUCACUCUGAUUUCCUCCAAUGGGAGAGCUUCCUGCAGAAACAGCUUGCAUCACUCCCAGCUUCAUCUGCCUUGAGGCGAGGGUUCCAGACCUGCCAGCACUGGAAACAGAUCUUCAUGGAAAUUAUAGGUGUGGAGAGCGCCCUCUACAGUCUGCUGCUGUCUCUUGCCAUUUGCAUAGCAUCAGUAGCUGUGUUUACUGCUCAUCCUCUUCUGUUGCUGCCCAUCCUGCUGAGCAUUCUGGGUAUGGUGUGCCUGGUGGUGGCUGUGAUGUAUUGGCUUGGCUGGGAGAUGGGUGCAGUUGAAGCUAUCUCUCUCUCCAUAUUGGUGGGCUCUUCAGUGGACUAUUGCUUACAUCUGGUGGAAGGAUAUCUACUGGCUGGAGACAUUGUGACCUCAGGACUGACGGAUCAUAGUUCGGACUCAUCCAUCAAGCGACAGCUACGGACCCUCGAAGCAGCCAAUCACGUGGGGGUUGCAAUAGUAUCUAGUGCUGUCACCACGGUGAUAUCGACCAUUCCACUCUUUUUCUGUGUCAUUGUGCCUUUUGCAAAGUUUGGUCAGAUUGUGGCCAUCAACACAGCAAUUUCCAUCGCGUACACGCUAUCGGUCACUACCGCUCUGCUGGCGACAAUGGGACCAACUGACUUCACUCGACCCCCUGGAGCCGUGCUCAAAGCCGCUGGGGUCGUCCUCGUGCUGGCUGUCUGUGGAGGUCUCUUCUGGUGGACUGGAUCACAAUUUGCUCCUGGCGGACUGAUGUAAAGGUGAUGUCAAGAAAUCACACAACACAUUCCUGCUGUUCUGAUUUCAAAACCUUUUUCGAUGUUUAGGUUUUACGUGAUUUAUGUGUGAUGUGACUGUACUAUGAACAUAAGCCUGUAAGAAGUUUUACUGGAACUUGGGAACAAUAUGAUAUUAAGUAUUAUGUGGCACAGUUUCAGAAGGUAGCAAGUAUUAGAAGUAGAUUAAUAAUGUCGGAGACAUCCGAAAAACCCUCUCUGAAUUUAUUUUCAGCUAUGAGAACCAUGUAAGUGAAGUCUGUCUGGGGUGUACAUUUAGUGUUAAUGUAUGACUAUGUGAUUACUUCUCCCUGCUUUGUUUCUCAUUCAUAGCUUAAACUGAAGUGACUCAGAGGUCACAUGAGGAUAUGUUUUACUCUGGUUCUUACGAGAAGUGUGAUGAGGCCCUCGGGUCUAUAAAGAAGGAAAGAAUAUGAAUUCUGUGAAUUCUUGCAUGGGAGAAACAAAAGCGACUUUAGCACGUUCUGUCCUUGUGAAGCAUUGUGACAGGGUUGGAGUUUCAAGUUUAGUUAAACACAAGACAGUGGCCUUGUGUAACAAUAUAAUCCUUAUUGGAACAAAUUAUGUUCGAACGACUGAAUAUAUAAAUUAAAUUCUUCUUAUCAUUUUUUUUACAUUUGUUCCGAUAAACAUGUCGUGCAAGUCUGUACCGUGGGGAAAUUGCUCAGACAAUAUCUUCCUUCAUUAAAAUUUCCAAGCAAACACAUAACUGCAGUAAUAAUUGACAUCACUAUCUAUAAAAGUUUACAGAGAAAAUGUAUUCCAUUGUACUACCAAAGUAGCCAUAUGUCAGUGUUCAUAUUUUCUUAAUUCUCUUUACAUCUAUGAUAGCCAAGUGUAAGAAAAAUGUCUUAAAACAGCACAGUGUUUUUCUACACUUUUCGAUGUCUAAGAGUAAUUGAAGACAAUAUAUGUUGCCAAAUUCAUAUGGACAUUAUAUAAGUAAGUACAUACCCCUUAAUUGUCAGAACUGUGUUGACCAUUAUCAGUUUGUAUGUCAACAUUUGUUAAUAUGUAACAAAUAAGUAUGAUAUUGUUUUGUAGUAGUCUGACUAUGUAUAUAAACCAAGCCUGGUUACAGUUUACAGUAACAAUUUUACAACUGUAUGCUGAGACACUUGUGUGUAUUUCAAAGUAAACCAUGGAAAAAGCUUUCUUUGUUUUCCUGUGAAACGUUUAGGGGCAUUGUCUGGACUUUUGUAUGAUGAAAGUGUAAUGUCAUGGUAAAUUUCAUGCUGCCUUUUAAAAUUCUUGUGAACAAAACAUUGAGUUCUACAGAGUAUUGUUGUGCUUGAAAUAUGACUUGUUAAAAGUUCCCGGUGAAACCUUUGUUUGUUUGUGCAUCUGUGUGCUGAACGAAUCCACUUAAAGUUCACCCAAAAUGAAAAUUCUGUCAUCAUUUACUCACCCUCUUGUCAUUUCAAACCUGUAUAAGUUUCUUCCGCAGAACACAAAAGAAGAUAUUUUGAAGAAUGCUGUUAACUGGCCCCCAUUCACUUGCACUGGUUUUGUGUUCCUGAGUGAAUGGGUGCCUCCGCUGUUUGGUUACCAACUUAAUAUCUUCUUUUGUGUUCUGCGUAAGAAAGAAACUCAUACAGAUUUGAAAUGACAAGGGGUGAGAAAGGGAUGACAGAAUUUUCAUUUUUGGGUGAACCAUCACUUUAAUCCAGUGUGAUUUUUAUGUUUUGAUUGUUGCCGUUUAUCUUUAAAAAUACACAAACAAAACAGCAAUGUUCAGCGCUGACCUUCAAUUGCCUUGGUCCUUUAACCAGCAGUCUGGAAAUUAUACACCACUUCAGCAUCAAUCCACUUGUAACCACAGACACUCCUGAAUGACCUCUUGCAGAAAGAGUUCACCUUCACUAAAAAGGGUUACGACUAUAAAUGCUCACCUUAGGUGGUUCUUCUGGCCAUUCAAAUUCAGAAUAAUAUACUUCAUACAGUAUCCAUCA